AAUUAGAAUUUAAAAUUUGUGUUGUCCCCAUAAAUGUGUUGAAACACCUUAUUUUUACAUGUACCAUUGUAAACUCCUAAUAUCUAUUCUAAUUUAUAGUUUUAACCAAUCCCAUUUACUCAACAUUUCACGCAUAUGCAGUGUGUUUCCAGAAUAUACUUUUGUAUUUUGAUACCCUUUUUAGUUCAGCACACAAACUGCCUUUUCCACAACUGUCUUACAUCUGCGAAACGCACUGUUUAAACACAGAUUUACACAUAUAUUUUUCUACACUUAAGCAAACGCAUAUAAAACCGGCAGAUGUAGAAUAAAUUCCUGUUAAAAGCUUCAAAUUGAAUUGUACAAUGCUCAAGCUGGGAGUCGCGGUCCCCACUCGUUGGUCCCUCAGAUGCCGUGGCCUGGGAUUGGCUGGGAUCAGAGGCGAGGCCAGACUCGCUGCGGGCAAGGAGAAGGCCAGGGGUCUGCAGCAGGAGCAGGAAGACAUGCAGCCGGAGGCAGAGGCCACUGAAGAUUCUGCAAGGAGGCCGCGGAACGAGAGCGUGCUGAUCAAUCACGCCAUUCACGAGAUAAAACACAGACCCCUGGAGGUACCCACAGUAAUAGGCGAUGAUCCAGUUUACACCAUGGAUAAGCAGCAGGUCUCUUGUCCGCAUCACCUUAAGACCAAGCUGGCCCAUGUGUUCUACGCCAAUCGCAAGCAGAUCGAGACGGCCAUCAGGUCGGCUCUUUCGACACAGGGAACUUGGAGCCUGGUACCCAUCGCAGAACGUCUGGCCAUUUGGCGACGGGCGGCGGAUAUUAUCGAGGAGGAUCAGUUGCGGUUGCGGGUGUUCCUGAUGCUGACCCUCAGCAAAACCUCCGAUGAUGCCACGCGGGACAUAAGGAGACUGCUCAGCUCGCUUAGAGCCAACGCUGAUUACCUGGAGCACCUGUCCGAACUGCGCUUCGAGAUCCAGGGCGACAUGAAUGUCUUUCCCAGCUUUCACCUGCGUCCCAUGGAUGGCUUUGUGGCCGCCUUGGCGCCAUUUGAAUCUGUGGCCCUGUCCACCAGCUUGGCCCUCUGUCCCGCUCUCAUGGGCAAUACGGUGCUGUGGAAUCCCUCGUUGGAGGUGGCCCCGGCCAGUUUUCUCAUCCAUCGGGCCUUCCAGGAGGCGGGCUUGCCCAGCGGUGUGGUGAACUUUGUGCCGGCCAACGAGCGUCUGUUUCUGGACACCAUCACGGAUGCCGUCCACUUUGCCGGUCUGAAUACGCAGGGUAGUGCCGCUGGCUACAGGCAUGUGCACAAGCUGGUGAGCGAUCGGAUGGAGCGAUACAUCUGCUUUCCUCGGCUGGUGGCCGAGUGUCCGGGUCAGAACUUUCAUUUUGUCCAUGCCAGCGCCAAGGUGGAAUCCGUGGUGACGUCUACUAUCCAGGCGGCUUUCGGAUUCGCCGGUCAGUACGCCAACUCGCUGUCCAGGAUGUAUGUGCCCUCGUCCAUGUGGCCGCGACUCCGUGAAGAGCUCCUGGAGGCCACAAAGCAGCUGAACGUUGGAGAUCCCGUCCUCCCGGAAACGGAUAUGGGGGCAAUGGUCAAUAUAGAGGGAUUUCACCGUAUGCAGGGACUGGUGGAGCGCACCAAGAGCAUGGAGGUGUUGUGCGGAGGCAGCUGUGACGACAGCAUUGGUAGGUUUGUCCAGCCAACGAUUGUCCGGGUGGUGGAUCCGCUGGAUCCCCUGCUCUGUGAACCCUGCUGCGGACCCUUUUUGCCAGUGUUCGUCUACGCGGACGACUCCUUUGGGGAGGCUCUCAAGCUGGCUGCCAACCAGUCCAGGUACGCGCUCUCCGGCUCCGUCUUCGCCAGCCGCGACGAGGUGAUCCUGCACUGCCUCAACCAGCUGCGCAUGUCCGCCAGCAAUCUCUACGUGAACGAGCGUUGUACUGGCAGCCACUACGGGCUGACUCCGUUUGGUGGCAAUAGGCUUUCCGGGACGAACGAUAAAUCCGGAUCUGCCUACUUCCUUAUGCGCUGGAGCUCGCCGCUGCUGAUCGAGGAGACCGUGGAGGGGCCACUCCCGUCGCAGGGAUCCCAUAAGUUUCCCUAAAUCUGUUAAGGGAAGAAGUACAAUAAAUGUAUGUUUCUUGUGGUAUGAAGUUUGGCUAUUACAACGAGGUAGCUGGUGAAUAAAUAAAUAAUAAAUCGUU